AUGGCCACCCGAGAGGUAGGAAAUAAUUUACGCGAGCAGAGGCAGUAUCGAAAGGCCCGUAACCGGUCCGAGGGAGAUGACAGAGGGCAGAAUUUCUCGGUGAAAAAGAGGAGGAAGAUGGACCCGGUUUUUGUGGAGAAAUGGGAUGCUGCCGCUUUGAAGGUAAGAGUUUUACGAUACACGUCUUCUCGACCGUUUUUUGCGCGGGCUUUGAAGAGCAACGCAUUAAAAAUUGUGGGAACGAAACUGUUUCGUACCAGUUUAGGCGUGAAAGUCGCUCUUGUAUCACCUUUUCCUCUGUGAAGCUGUGUCAAUUUGGUAGCUGUCUGACUUUAUGCGCGAAGUUGUGUAUUUUUAGCCUUUUCACACAAUACAAUCUAAAAUAAUCAGCGGAGCAGUGCCCGCGUUCAGGUCGAAUAAACACUCAACAGAAAACUCUUUUCGCGUGACCCGAUUAUUUUUGGUCUCAAGGGAUCUCGACCAUUAAAUGAAAGUCUUUCAACCUUUAAUAUUUUUCACCGCAAAGGAUAAGUUAACUGCGAAAUUUUGCUUGAAAUAAAAACAAUAAAUAAAUAAAAAGAUGGAGAAGUGAACUUAUAUAUUUUCAGAGAGUUCGCCUUUCAAAAUACAAAAGGAUAGCAAGCUUUUUUACCUGAAGUACUGGUUCAAGUGAACCGUAAACUGUUUAUUGUCGAAACACUUUGUGUCGUUUAUUCAACAAAGGAGUAUGUGAUUUUUGGAUUUCCGGCUCAAAAAAUAGGAGCGAAGCCCGAGUUCGUGUCCUGUUCUUUAUUUAAACAUAACAAUAACACAUCACAUGGAGUAUGCAUGGAGGUUGUUGUAAACCUCAAAGCUCUCGGGAGUAGUAUUGUUUUAUAUAGGUUCUUCGCUCGAAGAGCUUCGAAAGUGAAAAUUUUCGUCUAUCAAGUUAGAAAAUCGGCCGACGAUCAUCUUUCAUUAAUUUGUGAUGACUUUUCUGCGCACCGGGAAAGAAACCAUAUUUCGGAAGCCAUGUGGCUUAUGUAUAGGCGUUGUUUAAGUUUAGGAAUAGAAAUUAAAAUCGUCUUAUGUUUUUUUGGUUUUACCCACCAGUUUUGCGGUUUCCUUUCUUUGUUACGAAAGAAAGAGAAUAGGUCAUCGUAAUUGUUAUGAUAUUUAGAUUUAAGUCCUGCCCUAAGGGAAUAAUCUGUAAGUUUCUUGUUUUUGUUUUUUAGUCCGAAGUCCGAAAAUUAUGAAACGAAUAAAAACCGAAAAUGAAAUUUCCAAUAUAUAUGGUGGCUGCGUCCACUGUACAGUAAUAUAAAUAUAUUUCCGGCUUUCAUCGUAGUUUGUAAUUUAAUCACAGCUAAUAAAUACCAUAUUUGGCUAGUUUACGUCGGAAGGGUGUUUUCAGUUCUCACCAGAAAUUACGGAAUUAAACUAGCAUCAAUUUGGCGCUCACUCUAAUAUAAUCAUUUGUAAAACGUGACAAGCUUAGCGGUGUGUGGGCAGUUGGAUUUUACUCUUUAUUAUGUAUGUUAUCACUGCUGAGCACCCGAUUAGUUUCAAAUGUGACGAGUAUAUUCAUCAAGCUUGAUACUUUUGACCUGUUGAUUCUUUUUUUCAGCUGGGAAUGUUCUUGACCCUUAAAUCUUUCUGAUAAGGGAUGGGUAAUUAAUGCAUUUAAUCUAGUUCCUGCCUCACCCAGCCACCAUGACAAAACAAACAAUAUCCCCAGUAUAUAUAAUGCCAUUUUCAACUGUAUCUGUCUUAAUCCGGGCAGAAGGAAUGUUAGCUGUGUAUUAUGGACAAUAGCUUUCUUAAUAAUAUCACAGUGAAUGUGGGAGAAUUUUGUGGAAACUGUAGAGGGGUGAAAAGACAUCAUGAACAGGUGAAUGAAUGGAUGCUUUGGGAAUUUGUCGGGAACCUUUUUUUGAUUUUAUGAGGCAGAGCUCUGGGAAAUCCUACCAUUAAGCAGUGUAGCCCAGAACAAGCCCUAUGGUAAAAAUAUAAUUUUUUAAUAACAUUAAUUUAUUAUGUUUUUACUCUUAAUAUUUAUAGUAAAGGAAUAUUAAGAUGAUUAAUGUAUGUUACUUUCUUGCUUGGACCUCUCACCAUUAUUACCAGAUGUUUCUUGAUAAACAAAUGAUAAAGUCUAGAAACAAGAGGACUGUGUUACAUAAUAUGUAUUGUGUAGGUUAAUGUUUCAGUUAUUAUUAUGUUCUUUUGUUUAUCCAUAACUCUCUCUACCUUUGGUUCUGUUAAUAGCAGCCUGUUGUAAAACUGUCAGAAUUGGCAUUUUUGUUAAAGCUUACAAGCAUUUAUUGCAGACAGACACUUUUAUCAACUCAUUGAGAAUUGCGAAAAAAUUAUUCCUCCAUACAAAUUAUACCAUACUAAAGAUGUUUUUUUUGUAGGAACUUGAUGACUCAGCCAUUCAAGAGAAGAUUGACCAUGAGGUGCAUAUACGAGAUGGAAUAGUUAAAUUGUUGGCUGCUUGCCAUGAGGAGGUUCAGGCUCUAGAGGCAUCCAAGAACCUUCUCACAAUCAAUGCUCGUAUCCUUGCUCUUAUGGCAUUGCUACAGAGACACAGGGCAAAGUCAGUCUUGAGGCGCAAAGGAUCGAGGUAUAUUAAAAGUGUGAUAUAUGUAGAAGUGUGAAUAGUGUGUAAUAACUUUAAAUGGUGGAACAAUAUCUCACAGGAAUAUUAGUUAAUAUAUUUAGGCAGUUAUUAUGUAAGGUUUCUAAUGCAUUCUUAGAGAUUGUGCAUAUGUAAGUUGAGGUAUGGGGGAGUGUAAAUAGGUUUUUUGAGGCAAGAAACAAGACUUGUUCAUUACAUGUCGGUGUCCGUGUUUUAAUGAAACUGUGUGUCAUUGAAAAACAUUGAAGAAAUGAGUGACAGAAUGUAUCUUGCAUCAUUUCAUGUCCAGCAUAGAAGUAUAGCAGUUAGUUGCUUCUUUUGUUGAAAAAUGUAACUCAAAAGUAAAAUAACACAAAAUAUUGUUUUAUUGUUGUACUUCAGUUUCUGGGCUGUAAAUUUAGAAUUAGGUCAAGCUAAUACCAGUAAAUUAGCAGCAACCUUCUCAGAACCACACAGAAAAGAUUUCAUUGUUGUGAUUUAGAACAAUAUAAAACCUAUGUAUACUGCAUAUGCAUUGCUGACCAUGCAUGAAAUCAAAAUGGGGGGAUAUUGACUUGUUCCUUUUACAUCAAAACUUAAUCUCCAGCAAUUUUUAACCAGCAAACUUUUAAUUUGUUAAUUGAGGAUCCAUUAUACGGUAUAUUGCCCAAUUAAAUUUUUUCUCCUGUGAAUCAAGUGAGUACUCCUGAUUUUGCAUUCCUAAUUUUGCCUGCUUGGGUAGUCAAUUAGCCUGGUCUUGGAGCCAGCAUUGUAAUAAAGAUAGCAUUUGAACAUUCUUAUAUGGAGAGAUUCUCUCAAAUUGAAUCGGCUCUUCUUGUCCUUUUAAAUUUCAGUUCAACAUCACCUCUGGAUUUAGAUGAUGGUGAUGCCCCUUGCAAAGCCCAGCUUUCCCUCUCAGGUAAAUCAAUCGAUGAUUGAUAGCAAGGUUGUGCUCUACCUAAGAUAAUAAUUAUAUUGUAGGGAGCACAAAAGCUUCCCUGCAAAAGCAUAAAUAUUAGCACCAUACUGCUCAUAUGGUAACAAAGUAAGAGCAAAAAGAUCAUUCAGUUGAGCUACAACCAGUUGCAAAAAUACUUGAGACACUGUAACUUAUUUUGGGUUUAAUGGUCUGCUUUAAUGUGACCUUGUGUUUGUGAUCCCCCUCCUCCCCUUAUCAAUAAUGCCAGCAAUACAAGACCAUGCUCAAAACUUGGAGGUACAACUUUGAUUGGAGAACAGGGGGAAGAUGAGUAUUGUAUCUUAUAGAGGUGUGACUAGCAGCAAUUUGAAGUAAGAAAGGCCAGUUUUUCAUCGGAUUGUCUCAACAUUUUUUGGGUUGUAGCUUUCAGGCCUUUGGAGACAAUUUGUCCCUCAAGACCUUUGUAAGGGAGAACCAAAAAUAGAAAUUAUUAGGGGACAAAGAGUGUUUUGUUUGUCAUUACCUUAUUUCCUCUUAUAGCAGAUGUGUUUCAGUAAACAGCGAGUCAAGAGUAAAGUAUGCAAUCAUGCAAAUUUUUAUCAGAUUUCCAAAUAUAGUUAUGUUGUCUCCAUGGAAAUAAAUUUAAAGUGACAAAUUGGUACAAAAUUGCAAGAAUGUUGCAAUGUUUUGCUCUGUCACAAACUCUGCUCAUGUUGAGAAAGACACACAUGCAUGAUAAGUGACACUUAAGGAUAAUGCAAAAUUAAACAGCUCCCUAAAGAAAACAUGGUAAUCAUGUACAAGGUUUGAAAAAAAACUUGAACUCAAGCAUGUCCUUUGGGCAAGCAGCUCUCACAUUUUGCUUGCCUAGGGCCUGCUUGCUUGUUUUAAUGUUUUUAUCAGAGGAUGACUUGCCUGGACCCUUGACCAUUGGGCAAGUGAGCCUCAGAAGUUACUCACGUAGUGAGAAAAUCUGCUUAUCCCAGACAACCGGAUAGGACUUUUUUCAAUGGCAAAAACAAACAAACGAAAAGGUUGCAGUAUGGUUAUAUGGCCCAUAAUGAGAUGGUCAUGUAGUUUAUUGCACGCAAAGAAGAAAAACAAAAUACCUUCAUUACUUAGUACCAAAAAGAGAUUGUUACCUACCAGAGAAGUUGACUGAAUUGUUUUUUUUUGUUAUUAGAGAUGCCUUGCAAAGGGUCAUAGUUACUUACUGCAUUGAGUUAUCUGUAAGUAGGCAAUUUACAUGUAACAUUCUGAAUCACAUUUCCCACUUGAAACUUUCUUCUUCAGAUAUCCGGGUCCCUUUGAUGUGGACUCAAGAUGAUCACAAUAAAACCAAAACAGGUACAUUGUCAUUGAAUGGUCAUUUUCUUAUUCACAACCUUGUUAAUAUAUGAUGAUAAGAUUACCAAUGACAAACAGCAGAUGGAAAUCAGCCAUUUGCUGUAAACGUGGUGCUUAACCUCAAUCUCUUCAAUAUGGCCAGACAAUUAUUACCUCUGGUGAGACCAGUUGGCAAGUAAGAAAGGCAAACUGUAAAUCUGUUUUUAAAGUCUUGAAGGUGAUAUCUAAUCUUUGAUAUUCAUUAUGUAGUUGAUAAAGGCUACAUUACUAGCACAGAGGUCAAUCAUGACCACCCAGUUUAUCAGUGUUGGUAUAAAUGGGGCUUCACUAGUAUUAAAUUUUUUUUCUCCCUUAAUAACCAUGACAUAUUCUUUCAGACUAUUCCUCAUGCAGUUGCCAGCUAGUAUUUUCAUCCAGAAUAUAGAGCAUUUUUUACUUAAUUUUUUGUUUUUUAUGGUUGAUAAUGUUCUAAUUGGUCUUCCUCUGCAUCAUUUUUUUUUCAGAGCAACAUCUCUACUAUGUGUUCUGUUUAUUGAAGCUUGAUGGCCAAGUGUUGGACACUGCUCUUGUGGAGACAGAUGAAUCAGAAACAGACAUUUCCUUUGACAACAUAAUUGUCUUGUAUGUUUUCACUCUUAUGCUAACAAGUACUCCAGCUUAUAGUCUGCAUACAAUAUUUUGAAAACCCAAAAGGUGCCUCAUUAACUGUCCACGGCACUUCUACUGUGAUCCCAACCCUGAGUGCAUGUUCUUGGUAUCUCAAAUCCACAGCUAUGUUUUAUAAAUUAAUACACAGUGUGCAAAGAAAGUCGUGUCCAAUAGCCUGGGGCUAGUGGAUUUUGCUAUUGGGCCAGUGAUUUUUGUUCUUAACUUGCCCAAUGGGCAAGUGCUGUUUUUUGGGGAAGUUCAAAUUACGUAAAGAUUGUAAUCAAUCGUGCUAAUCAAAAAGGGUUUUGGGGCUAGUUGAACUGACUUGUGGGCUAGUACAUGCUAGCCACAGCUUGCCUGAAUGGCAGGCUGUAAAACUGACUUUCUUUGCACCCUGUUACAUAAGCUAUUAAACUAGACUACCUCCUGCAGGUUAGGAUGCUUAAUCUUGCUUAGUUUAUUAGGAUUAUCUGUUUUAUUGUCUCUGAAAAGCUCCUCCUGUGAACAGGUCAAUUAAAAAUAAUACAGUCAACUCCCUUUAUAGGGGGCACUCUAGGGACCUCGAUUUAGUGUCCUCAUCAGUGAGAGUGUGUAAUAGUGGGAGUUUAUUUCAGUCGCAAGUCUGUUAUUUAUUUUCUGCCUAGAAUUUAGCUGCUGUCGGCUAUAGUGAGGUGUCCGCAAGACGAGAGUUUAUUUUACUAUGUUAUUAUUAUUAGUUCACUACUGCCUUUUAUAAUAUACUAACUCGCUGCAAUUUUGUUUUUAUUUUUAUACAGUGACAAUGUGAGUCAUGAUUUCAGACUGGACAUAGAGAUUUACUACACAGUGUCAUCAGACAGUGCAGCAAACAGAUUCACCGGAGCAAUGAGACCUCUUAGAAGAACUGCAGCAGGACCUGAAACUCCUAAAUUUAUACUGGCAGGACACACACAGCUAACAGUUGACCACCUGAAUGACAGUGUCAAAUCACAUGAUCUUAAAACUGGUAAGACACAAGCUGUCUAGCAAGUGAAAAAUUUUUCACACUUACAUAUUUGAUGAGUAAUUCGUUUCACAGGUUUUAAGUUUGACAUCGGUGAUUUGUCACACAGUUUUCGCUGCCAGUUAGCUGAGACUGGAAAUAGGGUAUGUAUAGGAGGCUGGAGCAGCAAUUUCAUGGCAAUUUGUCACUAUUGCAAAUAUCCAUUCAAUUUAUUGACUGAUCAAGGAUUUCCUGCUCGAGGGAUUCUAAACAUAGCUUAGCGAAAAAUGUUUAUGCCAGAUAAAGGUUGCGGUAACUGCUGCUUAAAGAUUGGGCAUUUAAAAAAAUAAUGUCAAGAAAUUGCCAUUAAAUCACUACUAAAUUGCAUCAAAAAUUGCCACGUGCUUCUUAUUGUUAUCGUGCUCUUCAAUCAAUGAAAUAAUGAUAAUGUUAUUGUAAUAUUAUCAAAUAAAAAAUUAUGACACUGAACUUGUCAGAAUAAUUGUCACUUGUUGAUAUCAGUGCCAAACUGUGAGGCCAGUUUCUGGCUUGUUGAAUCAAACUUUGAACUCUCACUAAAAGAAAUUCAAGCAUACUGUAUGGUGAUUUUGUUGCAAAUAGUUAUGGUGAGUCCUGGCACUCGUCUUGUGAAAAAUCAUGAGGAAAGUCUAAGUGGUAGAAAAGAUGUGAUUUUCACUUUGCCUUCAUACUGUAGGUUUAUAUGGUGCUAGCCCCCUAGCAACAACUUCAGAAUCCUCCAAUAUGCCUCAGUUAGCCCUUUGGGGUCAGAUCUGCUGUCGUCUAGCAGCCAGACCUGCAUGUGUAGAGGAACCGCAAAUGAAUGGAUUCCUAGAAAUACAGGUAUGAUUACAACAGUAAUGGAACUAAUGACAAACAGUAAGAAAUUUAAAUAAAAGAGGCGGUUUGAAUAAAACUUUAGGGGUCUUCUGAGUUUUUGCUAGAUUGUCCCAGUAGUUUGCUCUGUAUAUUCAGAUCAAUCAAUAGGAGAAUUGGUUUUUAGAUCAGGAGGCACUCAGGCAAUAAGUUGUCCUGGGUAGAAAGGUCAGUUGACUAUCCAACCUACCCUGGGUAAGCCAACUUUUCAUACUUUUCCUUAAAAAUGGAUGAACAAAAGGUGGGCUUGGCUAGAGGUGUGACCCAGCUAGGAGGGUCUUUUGUGAUGGUAGGGUCACCCUCCCAGCCAGGCCAACUUUUCUCUGUAUAAACAGCCAGGUCAACUUGGUCAGGGCAAGACAAUCGGAACAUGCAUGAGUGCUGUUUGCUCUGGCAAUGGGGUUAACUUUUUUAUCAUAAAAAUUAUAAAUGCCGUCUAGAAGUUGACUAUGGCUGGAAGGGUGACCUUCUUUCCUAGGACAGGUUUUCUCCAUAUAAGUGGGGUCUCAGGACCCUUUUUCAAUGCACCCCUUGCGUUUUUAUAGAAAGGCCCUAAAUUAUACCUGAUCUGUUGUCAACUUCUUUCUUUGUUUCAAAGGUUUUCUUCAUUUUACUAACAAAUAGGUGAAAAGCAGACAGGUGCCUUGCUCACAUUUUGCCCUGACAUUUUGUGUGCUAAUGUCAAUGUUUUUUUUUUAUCUUGUUAUAUUCAGAUGAGGACAGGCAGCCAGUUUUCAUGGUGUCGACUAUGGUGUGUCUUGAAACAUGCAACCAUCAAAUGCUGGAAAAGUAAAGAUGACUCUAAUAACAAAGAACCUGUUGAACUGAUAGAAAUCAAACCAGUAAGAUGAUCUCAUUCAACCUCACUUAACUAGAAGAAUAUCUAGUUUCAAAUUGUAAACUAGUGUAAAUGAUUUGAGGUCAGUUAGGCACCAAAGAGCAACACCCCAGCCCUGAUUUAAACUACAACAACAACAACUUUAUUCUUUGUACAAAAAUACAAAAGUUGGAUUGUUUGCCCCGUAAAUAACUGGAAAGCUAGUCGUGGCGGGGCAAAACAAGUACAUGAAUAACACAAUUAUCUAGUAAAAACAAAAACCUUAAACUAUUAGAACGCCUUGCAGAUUGCAACUAAAAUAGAUAAAACAGAGAACUUAAGUGAUCUAAUUUACACAGCGUUUACUGACGUGUAAUGCAUUAAGACGAGGAGUCACUGACAUCUUAAAUGAUAAGACAGAAAGAGAAAAGCAGACAUUAAAACCUUUCGUAUGUACCUACUUUUUUAAUAAUCAUGGAGAUUUGAAUAUAGUCAUCCUCCUUUUCUAAGAUAUCAAAUAGCAAUUUGCCGAUAACUAUGGAGGUAGUAUUUUUAGUGCAAUAGGAUAUUGUGCGCUACGGUCAUCAGUAUACAGGUACAUGCUGCUCCAGCUUAACUGGACUAGGUAUUGAAUUUUGAUCAGGUGUGAAAUGGUUUAAGUAAAGGGGAAAUCAUAUUGGUCUGAAAUAAGGUAGGGGAUUCAAGAAGCAUGAUAUACAACCCUGGUCACAUUUCCUGGACCACCCCCUCCCCACACCUCGGCAGGGAGACAUAAAUCCCAGAUUCUGGGCUUAAUCAUAAUGAACAAUUUUGAUUGGAAGUGGUUUCACCCUGUAGUGAGUUUGCCCCCCUAAAAAUUAGCCUCGUAGGGAAUCAAGUUUGUCCCAUAGUGAAUUAGCCCCCUCUAGUUAGCCUUGUAAGAAACUUUGUUAACCACUUGCACGUGUAGGAACUAUAUUAAUCAAGGACGUGACAGUAAAAACCAUCAAUAUGACUGUAGGUCCUGUGAUUUGUUGUGUACUGACAGUUUUUGUUCUUGUUUUGUAACCAGAAUAUGGAGAUUGCAGACACAAUCAGCCCCACGUUUCAACAGCGUCAUAUUCUAAUUCUUACAAGCCAGAUGCCUGAGAAGGAACCUGUGCUAGCCUCUAACUCAGAUGAAGAGUACGCCAGGUGGAGAGAUGCUUUGUACCAAGCUAUUCGCGAUGUGACCGCUUGGAAGGAUUCUUGUAGGCAGGAGAUGAACAUUGUUUACCCAAAACCAAAGAGACUUCCCUCGGUCGAAACCAAGACUUUGUAUGAUUCGAUAGAGGUCACGCUUAGUUGUACGACGGGUAAGUACACUGUGUACCUUUUAUAAUUUCUUUUCUGUCACUGACAAAUACAGCAUAAAAGCGGUUUCUUACUAAUAAGAGAAAGAAAAUUAAAAAGGGUUUUCAUUUAUUCACAUCGUGAGCCUACAGGGUUUGGUUCUAGGAUGGCUAUCUUCACAUACAUCUCCCGUAAUACACCUUGUUUUCCCUCCAAUAUUUUGCAUGAGCAUUGUCAUUCCCCUUUGGACGACAUAAACGCCUAGGAGAAAUGAAAAACAAAGGCUAUGAAAGUUUGUUUUCUUUAGGGGGGAGGGGUGGUGGUGGGGGAAAAGGUGUAUUAUGGGAGAUGUGCAAAUGGUGAAUGCUGGGUUUUGGAAAACUUUAAAAAGCUUUAUCGGCUGCAGUUUUAAGAAGGGGAGGGGUGUGGCAGGAGUAAGGGGGUAGCAAUUUUGGGGUGCAUAAUCUUCUUUAGAUAGUGUUAGUUAUCUUUUUCUAUCAUGCAACCAUUUCCUUCUCUUGCACCGCUACAGUGUUUUAUUUUUAAUUUUAACUUGCACUUGCACUGAAUAUGACUUGAUUUCUUCAGAUGCUUCAUGACCUUGCCCGCCAUCUUGCUUGGCUGGAGCAUGUAACUCAGAUAAGUGAGUAUUCUCUCCUCAUCAUGCAGCCAUCGCUUCCUCUCUCACCUCCUGUUCGUGUAACUUUGUGCAAUUUGUCUCGCUAACUACUGUAUGUCCAGUCUGCUCCACAACCGUUCUUUGUGUCGUCUCGCAACGCUCCUCCCCACAAAAUUUUCGAGACGAGGCAAAAAACGGCUGUGAAGCAGUUUACUGUAUGUCUGACCUCGCCGCAUGUUCUUUCAUGAUCCUUUGCCUGCUGUAACCCUACUGUUGAACUCACUGUACGCUGUCUUGUCUCCAGGCUUCUUUGCUUGCUGUUACGCGGCGCGCCCUGUUGUAGCUUGGUAAACAUGUUUGGAUCCUACCCAUGACGCCCUGCGCUCUAUGUUUUCUGCGCCAUAAUAGGGCCUGGAAACGAGACCGUGUCACGUGUCAUGCGCAAAGCAACUGUUUUCACUUUCUAUCGGAGCAACAUUCACACUAAAUAACAAAGCUGACCAUUACUGUCGUCGCACUGUAUCACUUAAUACUUACGCAAUCGUGCCCCACAAACUAAUAUAACCGACAUUAUUAAACACUGAAUCAUUGGAUAAUGCAAUUCUAGGGCUCUGAUUGGCUUAGCCAUCAUGGUAUAUGAGCCAUUAGUAAAAUCCAGCUAGUGGUCUAUUAUUAAUGCUGCGUUCUGAUUCUGAUUGAGAGCACUGGCUAGCAGAGGGGUGACCACAGCUUCGAUUCUCGGGGCCGAAACAAUGCUUUUAGGGUCUUAAAAAACGGUGAAAUAAGGAAUUGCCAUCGCUCCGCGUCGUGCAAAGGCCUAGACCUUCGUGUGGCGCGGAUAACCACUUUCGCGAACCACUUUGCGGUCCCGGCCGUCUCCAGCACGGAAUAGUAAAACAGCGUCCUCAGUUAGGAUUUCGUUCUCUAUAGGUUGACACAUACACAUAAAAACGUUACGCAUAAAACCCGCGUGUUAGAAUCAAGUGGUCUAAGAGCCUGCUGGGGCAACUUUAUCUUCUUAAUAGCCAAAAAUAUAACAACCUGUUUAGCCAAGCAAAAUCAAGCAGGUUUUUAUAUGUGGGGUUUACAGUUAAAUUAUGAUAAAAUUUAUACCAAGGAGUUUGACUUAGAGAUUUCAAAUUUAUAUGAUAUAAUAUAUUUAUUAUUUUAUAUCAUAUAUGUUAGAUUAUAUCUAUUAUGUUUUCUGUUAUACAACUCGAGUUUAAGAGAUAACGCUACAUACAUUGCAUAUAUUCUGUAGGCUUAUCAUAAUAUAGUUGUGAACAAGUGCUGUAUAUUUAAGGACCAAACCCAAGGUUUUUCUGGUAGCAACGGCUAUAUUUCCUUCAUUAAGAUUAAAAACAUAAUUAAGGACCCACUUAGCCUACUUAAGUUGCCAAUUACCAACCCAAAAUACAAGAACCUUUUUGUUUUUGCUAGACUUCCAAAAAUGUAGGUUCUUGCACGUGGGUUUUAACUGUAUUUCGUUGCUCACAGGAACAGUUUGAAUUGCAUGUUUCUUUAUUCAACAGACUACGUGAAGAAUGACGCCAAACGUAGACCCCUUGGAGAGCUGAAAUCACUUCCUGCUGAAUCACCUAGUGUUGAAUGUACUUAUGAUAUCUGGCAGAGGCGAGUUCCUGAAAACAGAAGCUUUAGAAAGGCAAAAAGACAAGCAGGAGACGAAAACCGCCUGUUGAAUUAUGAAACUACAAUCUAACAACCUGUUGGACCAACCGUCCACAGUUUACUUGAUCUUAAAGGCGCUGUGUUACGAAAUUUAUCAAAAUUGAAACUGGGAUCUGCCACCAAAUUGAGUGAAACAUAAAAAUAACGGCUAAAAACUUCAAAAGAAGGUAUUACUUAUAACACAGCAAAUAUUCGCUACUUUGCGGUUGUGCGGUAGACCGAGUCGAAAUGGUUGUCAAAGUGCAUCGUGGGACUUCAGAGUUUAUUUUUUUUUCUGUAACGUUUGAUUUAAUUAUUCAGUUUGAGAUGAAGUUGUUAUUUUGUAAUUUGCUAUAGUAAUUUUGUCGGCGACGGCGACGGCAACGAGAACGGCACAAAAGCGAUAGGUUUAGAUUUGCAAAACAACAACUUUGCACGUGCAUCGCGCUUUUUUGUACAUUUCUUUGCCGUUUCUGCACGAUUACGACGUGAAAAUGCCUAAUUUCACGUUUUAUGGAGAAUGUAAACAAGCAACGAAGAAAUUUUCUUUCUCUUUCUAAACUUGAGUGAGGUUCCCAAGAAAUCAACGCCAGGGAAAUUUGCCUACAUUAGACAUUUUUUGCGAAUUAGAAUAAGCGCGGCAAAGUUUGGAAAAACGCUAAUUGAGGUUUCCGCUGCCGUCGCCGUUGUCGAUGCUAAUACUCCCUAUUUUAGCAAAAUGAACGAAACAGCCGUGACACAGCUCCUUUAAGUGUUUUAAUCGUUAAGACAAAAUUUGAAAUCGGCUCCGAAAUUUUUAAAAAUAGGUAAUUAGUCUACAUCAUUAUUUGUAUAUAUGUAACAAUGGGAAGUGUAUUUAAGAAACCCUACAAAAUGUAUUGAGUUCUGAAGACGUGACUUGGUUGAAAUGUUUAGAUAAUUUAAAAUGUAAAUAAGACCCAAGUUUUGACAAGAGCAAGAUACCCCUAUUUGAAAAAUUAUAUUAGCGUAAAGUUCGGCACACGUCAAGCCACGCGUUGCAACGGUUUUUCGUACCCAGGAUCUAUCGUUGCCGGCGACAUUUGGCUGCAGCGACGGAUCAAAUUAAUUUGGCAAACUGACUCAAUGUUAAUAAAACUUUUACAAGUGUAAUUUACAAGUUUAUCCAUUGUUUUUGAGUCUGAAAACAAUAGCUUUACUUGUAAUUUCACUCGUAGUUUUAUUAAAGUGAGCCCUGGUUUGCUUUUGUGCGUUCAGUCGAGGAGACAUGACCUACCGUUAGACUGUAUAAACAUCAGUGCAUACGAGGAGCUGAGUUGUCCACGCGACUUUUGGAUGCAACACGUUGCCUUUCGUGUGACGAAGAAAAUUAAAGAAAAUGUCGGGUUCUCGAAACUACAGCUCCGAAAUCUGUGAAUCCUUUUUUAUUAGAUGUGAUUAUAUUUUACAACUGACAAAGCAAGCCGACCUCUGGUCGUCCGAUGAAUUUUUUUCAAGACAUACAAUCCUGUGUCUUGAAAACUUGUAGAUGUUAAAUAAGAAAAGGAUAAUCGUUAUGUUUAAGCAAGCAU